AUGGUGGGCGCAAGCGUGCUGAGCCUUCCUCGCAUGGUGGCCAACAACGGCUGGGUGCUUGGUCCGACGAUGGUUGUCUUCGCAGGCGCUGUCUCAUUUCGUGCCUGCAUUCUUGUCGACCGAGCUCUUGAGGCCAUGGCCAUAGCACAUGGCCAACAUCCCAGAAACAUUGGGGAUGUUGUGCAGGAGUGCUUCGGUCAAGUGGGACGGCGCGCCGUAUUGAUUCUCACGGGCAUCUUCCAGAUCAGCAAGUGUGGUGUUUACUUCGUCGUCAUUGGAACCAACCUGAACUACAUUGCUGGCUGGGUCUCGCAGCGCGUGUGGGCAGUGACAGGUGCCGUUCUUUGUAUGCGCUUGAUCUUUGUGCGGGAUAUCACGGUCAUAUCCAGAUGGUCGAUCAUUGGUGUCCUUGCAUCCGUAUGUUACCUUUUCACCAUCACUGCUGGAGGGUUUGAAGCUGCAACGCAUCCCGGUGAACAUGGGACGGCGAGGUGGCCGGAAACCUACAGUGACAUCUUGGCUGAUUUUGCCGUCAUGGUCUACGCAUACUCUCCGGCAGAUGUGUUGCCAGUCAUGAAGCAUGAUAUGAAGGAGCCAGAACAGUUGCGGUGGGCUUUGAAGAUAUCAUUCCUGGCGGUCAUCUCCAUCUACGUUGGACUGGGCUCAGUUGCGUUUCUUGGUUGGGGCGAAGAUGUUGCUGGCAACAUUUUGCUUUCCAUGUGUGAGCGGCCUGGUUGCCCCGGCAACGUUGCGGAAUCAGAAACUCCUGGUCAGAAGUGGAUUCUCGGAUACCUUCUGGCAUGCGCUGUCGUGUCCAACUUGAUGGUGACGGCUCCCGUCGUAUUGUAUUGUGUUUUCCGAGUCCUCGAAGCCGAGCACUCCCAUCUCCUGUCCAACUCCAUCAUCAACGGCAGCGUGCGCGUUGUUGCCGUGAUGGGUGCAUUGCUGCUUGCCUUGUUCAUGCCGUACUUCACUGAAAUCCUUGCUGUGAUUUCAACCGGCUUGUUAACGAUUCUGCAAGUCUUUGUGCCAGUGGCCGUGACUUUCGGCCUCAGCCGGCAGGGCAUUGUUGCUUUUGGCGCCGCAGAGGCGAUGCUUGGCCUCCUUGGCCUGUGUAUGUUCACCGUGGGCAUGUCUAGCGCGUUGCGGAAUUUAUAUGAGGCACUCACCAGCAGCUGA